AUUGUCCCGCAUAGAGGAUGGUUCGAGUCAGGAUCGUUCCGAGUACUAAACCCGCCGUGUCGCAUUAGCUUCGGAGAUGACUCAACUGUCCACGCUGUUGGAAUCGGCACGGUCAUCAUCCGCGCACAUGUGGGAACUGAGCAGUAUGACAUAGCACUGUCGGAUGUCCUCCUAGUACUGGUUUUCACCCUAUCACUCAUAUCCGUCUACAAGAUCGGACGCACGGGUCUAUCCACCACCUUCCUCGCCAAAUCCGACAUCUGCGAAAUCCGCAAGGGGUCGCGCAUCAUACUCACU